CCUAUACAAGUAGAAGGCAAUAACUUAGAUUCACUAGAACAUAUCAACAAAAGCAAUCCUAGCUGGGAUAAACAAGUAGUUCAAGAAGCUAAAAAACUUAAGAAAAUAACAAAUACAUAUAAGAAAGAACUUUAA